GUGCCCUCAGACGACCUGCACUCUCCUUUCAACUAAAAACAACUUUUAUAUCUUUGAAAGAAUGGAGAAAAAUGGAGGAAAACCAUGCCAGCAGCAUUAUGAGCUGGUUUCGUCAGCGUUUUGGAAAACAAAGGAAUGAUUCGGACCAAGUUAAGCCAUCUAAAUGUUCUCAGACGUGCUCCUCCAACACCAGCAGCUCAGUGUGCUCCUCGUCUUCCUCCUCUUCCUCCGUGAAAUCCUCCAUAUCAGCCAAGCCUUCGGCCUCAGAUCAGCCUGUGCCCUCCGUGCUCUCUUCCUCCUUCCGCUCCUCUCUCAGAUUUGACGUUCUUGUGUGUCACAACGAUGAGGACAGUGAUCUAGCACAGAGUCUGACCUCUUUCCUAGAAGCCCCGUCUAACGGCCUGCGCUGUUACCUGCAGGAGCGGGACUGUCCCGCAGGAGGCGCUGUGUCCACUGAGCUACUGCAGGCCAUCCAGGACAGUCACUGCUGGCUGUUACUCGUCACUCCCAACUUUGUGAAGGAUGACUGGUGCAAGUAUCAGAUGCACCAGGUCCUGUCUGAAGGGCCCAUGUCACAGAGGAUCAUCCCGGCUGUAGUAAACAUGCCCAGAUCACAGCUACCACCCGAACUGCGCUUCCUCUUCACUGUGGAUCUGAAUACGAACAAAGAGUUCGGCUACACUCAAGUCUACAGAGCGGUGCUUCAGUAUUUGAAGGACAUGUCUGAGAAGAAAAAGCACAGCAGUGCCUCUCAGUCUGACGGCUGAGAAAAGACUCAAACUAUCAACAUUCAUUGCAUUGACUGCAAUGACAAGAUUGUUCACUUCAGUGAAGUGACGUCCAAGCAGACAAGCUGUAUCAUAACACCGUAUCUCCGUAUCUCUGCCUAAUGUCUCAAAGUUCUCAAAACUAAUUUAAAGAUGAAUAAUGUCAAAAUUGGUGCAUUUAACUGUCAUGCCUUAUACAAAUAUAACACACACUACCGCUCUUUUCUACUCACCAAGUCUGCAUUUAUUUGCCAAAAAAUACAGUAAAAAAUGUGAUAUUGUGAAAUAUUAUUACAAUUUAAAACCAAUUGUUUUCCAUUGUAUUAUAUGUAGCAAUGUUUUAAUGCUAAAUCUUUUUUUUUUUUUUUGGAAACUGUGAUGCUUUUGUAUUUUCAGGUUUGGUUUAAUGAAUUGGAAUUCAUUAAUUUGUGUCCAUGCUGAUUACAAGUAUUAAUGUCUCAAACAAGCAAACAAAUCAGUGUUGUUUAUGAGAUUUUUGCAUGGAUUGGACUUCUUUUGUUUUCCAUAGUGAGGGUGUCAACCCACACAUUUAUGAAGAUAUUUAUAUUGUGCUAAAUAAAUCUUUUGAAAUGAGCCCUAGCUGGCAACAGAAAGUCAUAAUACAUGAGCUCAGACACACUGGGGCAUAUGUUUCCCUUUCUGAUUUUAGGUCAGAGUCAGAUUAGAAAAAGGGCUUAUGUGAUAUACUAUACAAAAUAUUAUUUUAAAAUGAUUCUUAAAGGCACAAACCCAUCCACCCAUGCAUACAUGUGCACCGAAGGAAAUGAAAGCAGCUGCAUUUAAUGUAAUGCAUAUAAAGAAGAUUCACAUCAGUAUUAAUAGCAUAUCUCAUAUGCAGAUAUUAUUAACCACAGAGAGCUCACGACUGGAUUUCUGCUUGUCAUGCGUGGUUGAAUUUAAGAUGUUUCACUGGCAUUUCAGUGCUUUCAGAAAGGCUUUAAGCCACAGCUGGACAUGCCAUGUAAACCAAUAUGACACCUCAAAGAACAGCAAAGGUAUGAUUAAACAUUCUUGGCAAAUAACGUCACGUCGUAAUCCCUGCUGGCAAAUGUGGCUUCAAGCGUUCAAGACAUUAAAUCGGUUGAAAAAACCUCAAACACUGUUUUCUUUUUAUUUUGAUCACUGUGAAAUACUGUAGACUUUACUUGGUCAUUUAUUAACUGCAAAUGUUGAAAUCGGUGUCAGCAUGAUGUGUUUUAGAGCCUCUGAGAGAAACACUGCUUGUUUGUUGGGGGAUUUAAUAAGAUUAUGUUGGAUUUAAAAUUAAAC